AUGAAUAGAUCCGGUGAACCGAGUAGAAAGGCUACACUUCGUCUAUCAUUGAGCCACGAUGACGACCAGCCAAAAUAUUCAGCAAAAGGAGGGAGAGGCAAAAACGAGCGAGGUGAUAACAAACGCGACAGGCAAAAAUCACCAUUAGAUGAUGAUGGUUCAUCGUUGUCGGGUGGAAGAGCCGUGCAGAUCGAAUUACCACCAGGCGAACAAGCGCAGGAAAGUGAAGAUGUGGCACCGGAGAAGAAGGCAACUUUAGGGAAAUGGGACGCGAAAUGGCCCAGAAAAUCCUCCUCAUCAUCAUUGUCCAGCAGAUCAGAUUCAGCUGUUGGCUCAGCGUCAUCUAAAUGUCAGUUCGAUAAGGAUUUUAUGUUUUGA